AUGGGCGAUGCCCCCGACGACAAUCUUUCGGCUCAAGAAAUGCCAUUUACUCCGAAAUCGGGCUCUGUUCUUUCGCAAAACAGAAAAAAUGAGAAGCGGCUCAUACGAGCACUGCUUGCUGUCUACAUUGUGGGUAAAAUUUUCGGAGACAUCGGAGAUGUUAGCGUUUCCUUUGUGGCGCCUUCACACGGAAUUCAACUGGGGUUGAGUCCUGUUACGGUAAGUCGUGCUAUUGCCUUCUCAGGUGCAGUCGAUCUAGUCGCUCGCUUGGGAGUGGGCUGGCUAACUGACCGGCCGUGCUGCAUGGGACGCCGGGGUAUUCUGCUGGCUCUUGUUUGGAUUUUCACUGGAAUCAAUGCGCUAGCUUUCUCUGCCCUGCGUGGGUUGGAAACGGACGACCGCUUGAAGCCACUGCCAGUUGGACUCUUGAUUGGUUAUUUUGCUUGCUUCGGUAUCCACGGCGUGUGCAGUGGCACGGCAAUGACGCAGAUGGUCAUCGUGUUGUGCGACUGGGUUGGCUCCGCUCGUCUGGCUCACUCUCUGGCAUUGACCAUGUUCGUUUUGGGCGUGCUCAUCUCUCCGGGUCAAUUCGCAGUCGG